AGAUAAGAAACGGAAAAAAUGAUAUGCUAUUUUCACCAUUCUAGAUGAUUCUAAAAGCAGUUAGCGAAACUCAUUCUGCCCUGACGCCAUUCACACAAAAAUGCAGAACUCUCAACCAUCUAAAAGAAUUCCAUUGCCAACUCCUCAAACUCUACCUCCCUAAAACUCCAUCAGCCAUUGCUCCACUUCUUUCACUUGCCGUCAAUUCUAGGAUUCCUUCUUUCUUCAACUAUUCGUGUAUUGUGUUUCAAAAUCUUGGCUACCGAAGUACGUUUUUGUACAAUACCAUGAUUAGAGGAUAUGUGCAGUCAGAUCUGCCAAUACCAGCAAUUAUAUGUUACAAAGACAUGCUGAGAGAUAAGUUUAUUGUAAAUAAUUAUACCUUUCCUCCAUUGAUAAAGGCUUGUACGCUGGUUUUAAAUGAAUUUGGGCAGCUUGGAUUAUCAGUGCAUGCCCACUCACUGAAGUUGGGAUUACAACAUGACCGGUUUAUUGUUGCAGCAUUGAUUGAAUUUUAUUCCCUAAAUCUCGAGAUGGACAGCGCACGUACAUUGUUUGAUGAAACUCCCAUCAGAGAUGUGGUUUUGUUUACCACCAUGAUUGAUGGAUACGGGAAAAAAGGGGAGGUGGGAAAAGCCAGAUUAUUGUUUGAAGAGAUGCUGGAGAGAAAUGUGAUUUCUUGGAGUGCAAUGAUGGCAGCAUAUUCACGGGCUAGUGAUUUUAAGGAGGUUCUUUACUUGUAUCGGAUGAUGGAAGAAGACGGUCUUAAGCCCAAUGAGUCUGUUCUUGUGACGGUCCUCACGGCUUGUGCUCAUCUAGGUGCCUUAGCACAAGGUUUUUGGGUACAUUCUUUGGCUAAGCAUUAUAAUUAUGAGUCGAACCCAGUAUUGGCUACUGCAUUGGUUGACAUGUACUCUAAAUGUGGGAGAAUGGAGUUAGCUUCAUCAGUCUUUGAAGUGAUGAUUUAUAAGGAUGCUGGAGCUUGGAAUGCCAUUAUAUCAGGAUUUGCAAUGAACGGAGAUGCAAUGAAAUCCAUUCAAUUGUUCUAUCGGAUGUUAGCAAGUGGGAAUCAACCAAAUGAAACCACAUUUGUUGCUGUGCUCUCUGCUUGCACUCAUGCAAACAUGGUUGACAAGGGUCUUUCACUGUUUGGAAGAAUGAGCGGUGUUUAUGGGGUUGAACCCAGGUUUGAGCAUCGUGCAUGUGUAGUGGACCUAUUAGCAAGAGCUGGUAAGCUCGAGGAUGCUGAGAAGUUCAUUGAGGAGAACAUAGGAGGGAUAGAGAAAGGGGAUGCUAACGUGUGGGGAGCCUUACUUGGUGCUUGUAGGGUCUAUGGUAAUCUUGAAGUAGGUGAUCGAAUAUGGAGAAACCUUUCUAACAUGAAGGAAGCUGACUAUGGUACUUACGUACUUGCAUACAACAUGUAUAAGGAAGCUGGUUGGGAAAUGGAAGCCAAGUGUGUUAGGAAAUUGAUCGAGGAGAUGAGGAUAAAGAAGCAGCCUGGAUGUAGUGUCGUAGAGGUAAAUGGCGUAGUUAAAGAAUUCCUGGCGAGUGAUCUUUUACAUCCCAAGUCACGACAAGUCUGCAACAUGCUCGAGUCCUAACCUAAUGUAAUGCAUCUUAUUGAUUGAACAUGAUGUCAAAAGAUAUCCAAGACAAUUGAAAUGGCUGAGGCCGCCACAGUAAAAGCAAUAUCAAAAAUCACAGAACAAGCAAUAUUUCUAUAUGGAGUGGAUGAACAAGUAAAAGAACUAGUUACAGAGCUGGGACGUAUGCGAGCUUUCUUGAAGGACGCCGAUUCAAGAAAACAGACAAAAGAAAUAGUCAAAAAUUGGGCUGAUGAAAUCAGGGACCUUGCACAAGAUGCUGAAGGCAUAGUUGACAAAUUUGCAGCUGAGGUAAAACAGAGAAAAGGGGAAGACACUGCUUAUUGUUUUUGUACAAUAUUAGUUAAUGUUGUGAAAGAAGUUGUUGUAAGGUACAGAGUUGGCUGGGGCAUAAGCAAGGUCAACAAGAGAAUCAAGAACUUCAGAGAAAGUUUGAAAACAUAUGGUAUAGAUCUUGGUGUAAAUGAAGGAGAAACAUCUUUUAGAGAAGUGAUAUUACAAAGUGGAGCUAUUGGUGUUGAGAAAUGGGGAGGCGAUGGAGGAGGGCAUUGGAGUUAUAGGCCAAAAGGUUUAGUGAAACAGAUAGUUGUUAAACAUGGAGUAAUUAUAGAUUCUAUAAUGUUUAAGAGCAUUGAAGAAAAUGGUGUCGUGGAGUCUUCUCAAACAUUUGGUGGUUCUGGAGGCAGCCUUAGGACUGAGAUCAAUAUAGACAGUCCUUCAGAGUAUUUGACAGGCAUAAGUGGGACAUUUGGACUCUUUGGUCCCUAUCUUAUAAUAAAAUCUAUCAAGUUUCACACCAGCCUUAGCCAUCAUGGCCCUAUGGGCUCAGUGAAUGAGACAGAUACCAACUUCUCAUUUAUCAUGCAAGGUGGGGUGGUUGUUGGAUUUCAUGGAUUUUCAGGAUUAUUUCUUGAUGCCAUUGGUUUGUAUGUUAUGCCAACACGUAUCAGUUUACUUUCUUAGCAGACAUACUGUCUCAUCAAUAUGUAUUCGAGUUAGCUUGUACAUAAGGUAAUAAGUUGAUCGGCGAGAAAGGAGCUGACUUGGUCAACCAGAUCAAUAAUUCUCCAAAGUAGUGGUGUUACCUCAUCAAUAUGUAUCUGAGUUAGCUUGCUCACAAUAUUAUUUCCAAGUUCUCCUUGACGAUCUUGAGAACUUGGAACCUCUAGGAAAUUGAUAGAACAUGUUUACUAGUACAAAUUUUCAUUCACAAUUGUAAUUGACCAUUGUUGACAAAGUUUGUUGUUCGAUUGCACAAUUUUAUUUUAUUUUUUAC